CCACCACGUUAACUCUUAAACUUAAUUUAAUUUAAAACAAUCUCCAGGAACCGAAUUGAUUUGUGGCAAUGGCAUACGUUUUGUUUAAAGGAAACCAAAGAAUUUCCUUAAGACUUGAGGAUAUGCGAGCGGAACGGAUCUCAAGGAUUUUCCAGGUUAAUGCAGAUAGUCUGUUUUUAACAGACUCAGCAAAUGUUGCGGUAUUCCCUCUGGACAGUGGUGACUUCUGCAGCUUGGACCUUACUGACCAUGGUCAUUAUGAGGUUCAUGGCAGUGCACUUCAAGCAGAUGCUUUGUCACCAUCUGUGAGUCAGCGAAGUUUUGCAUUCACUCAGAGACCUUCAUCUUCUCCAAUGGUGAACUUUGCAGUGCCGUAUAGAAGAAGUAGUACUCUAAGAUCCUUUCAAAGAUCUAUACACAUAUCUGAAAUCCAUGAUGGACAUUUGGUCUCCAGUCGGGUUGUCGUUGUCCGUUUUGCAGAAUCUGAGGCAAAUGUGCCAAAUAUUAUGGAGAAAAUAAAGGCAGCUAUGGGCAAUGAAGAAACGUAUGUCCUAACAAAUGCUCAAGGAAAUGAAAUUUUACAAUCUGAGGGUACAACUGGAUCAUUUUAUUGGAGCCCCAACUCAAGAAAGGUGCAUGCAGUAGAAAGGGCUGCUUUUACAGAUUGGCAACGCAGCAGGAUUCAGAGUCGCAGAGUCCAUGAGGCUUCUUCUCUGCAGACUCUCAAGCUCCAGAUUGAGGAGCUACUGGAGUCAUCCAAGGGGCUGGAAAGCAUUUCCAGGCAAAUUGAGGAGAUUGUCGCCACCGUACAGGGAGCAGCACAGAGGGCAAAUUUGGUAACAGUCCUAAAAGACACUUUUAUGUGUCCGAUUUGCAGAGGUACAAAAAACAUUUCAUCUCAAAAUGUGCUAACCAAAACUCUCUGAACUAGAAGGAAGAAAU